UAUCCGAGAACAAGAGCACCGCCGACCGCACGCCGAGCGCGUUCUCUCUGUCUCCUGGAGUAUUUCUGCAUCUUUUCUCAAACAGGCAACCCGUUUCAGCACCUCCGGAGCUGUUCACGUACUGAACAUCCUCUCUCAGUUGUGAUCAGUUUGUGCGGGUCCAAUUAAAGUGAAUUUGAAAACGACGAGGCUCAGAACGAGGCUGAAGCAUCUUUAAGAGCGCGCGCAUCUCUCUGAGAGCACGAGCAACAUAUGUGCUGCCAAGACUCGGUACAGCACCUCAGUGUGUCCGAGAACGCUUGAAAAAACACCUCACCCGACUUGCUGAAAACUUUCAAGGAAUAUUUACGAGCAUUUUGAAGGGAUUUCCUGUCUGUAACACUGAGUAAAACUGAUACUUUUGGAGAUAUUUAGAGGACGGAAUACGAAGUGAACGCUGCGUUCCGAGAGGGAAUCACAUUUACGCUCCUUCAGUUAAACGGUUCUUCGUCGCGGACGGAAGUUUCUGAGUUUUCUGACGGGAAAAAUGGGCAUAACUGGUUAUGUUGAGCUGCAGUGGAAAUGCCUGAUUGUUGUGGCUCUAAGACUGCUGUUCCUUGUGCCCGCAGGAGUGCCAGCGAGAAGCGGAGAAUCUUAUUUAAAGGACAACAUCACUGUCAGACAAGGAGACAGUGCUGUCUUGAAGUGCAAUGUGGACAACAAAGUAUCAAGGGUGGCAUGGCUCAACCGGACCACUAUCCUCUUCACAGGGAAUGAAAAAUGGUCGUUGGACCCCCGGGUGGUCCUACUAAACACAGCUGUCACUGAAUACAGUAUAAAGAUCAUAAAUGUAAACUUGUACGACGAGGGGCCGUACGUAUGUUCCAUCCUCACAAACAAGAAACCAGAAUCGACAAAAGUGCAUCUCAUCGUACAAGUUCCUGCCAGGAUUGUAAACAUUUCGGCUGAUGUUUCAGUGAACGAGGGCAGUAACGUAAGCCUCAUGUGUCUGGCCAUCGGGCGACCUGAACCCAGCAUUUUGUGGAAAUUCCGUUCUUCAAAAAGUGAGGGAAAAGGUAAUAGAAUCAUUACUGAGGGUGAAUAUGUGGAGAUGACUGGAAUCACCAAAGACAUGUCCGGCUCGUAUGACUGCAUCACAUCAAACGACAUCUCGCCUCCAGACGUGAAAACUGUUCAGGUUACUGUAAACUAUCCACCUGUCAUUUCACGAGUACGGAGCACAGGGACGGCUGUUGGCCAGAAAGGAGUUUUGUGGUGCGAGGUGUCUGCAGUUCCUCUGGCGGAUGUUCAGUGGUAUAAGGGGGAGCGCAGACUCUUCAAUGGACCCAACGGGGUCAAGAUCGAAAACAAGGGUAAACAGUCCAUGCUAACGUUCUUUAACGUCUCUGAAGAGGAUUACGGGAACUACACAUGUGUGGCCAUGAACACGCUGGGAAUAACAAACGCCAGCAUUAUUUUGUACGGCCCCGGAGCGAUACACGAUGUGAACAACGCAGCCUUAUCGCCGACCAGCUCAUUCUUGCUUCUGACUCUCGUUUUAACACUUUCGGUCUUCAGCAAGUUUUGAUGCUAAAGCGGUGUGUCCGUUUCUCUGUACACACACAGACUCACAGUCCCACACACACAGAGGGAGAGUACUUUAUCAGUUAUUAUUAACAUCAUCAUCAUUUAAAUAAUUUUGUCUUAUGUUUUCAUUUCUGAAGGGAAGUUUCAGUGUGGGUUUAUGGGUCUGUAAUGAGACGCUUUGGGAUUUAACCGUGUUUUGAGACAGUGAACUGGACUAUGAAUGGAGUCAGUUUGUUAGCUGGGUAGAAAUAAUAAUAGAACCACUAUAUGUGUCUCGCCAACCUUUUGUAUGUGAAAAGAGAAGCAAAAAUUCAUGUAAUCGUGAAUAACUGAAUGGUUUGUUGCUCGGUAUUGAACAGUGAAUUGAGGUUACUGGUGUCCUGUAAUAUAACAUGAUUUUUUUUAUUUUAUACAUCAAUAAAAAUUACACACAGCAAAAAAGAAAGAAACAAAGAAUAAUAAUAAUAAUAAUAAUAAUCAUAAUAAUAAUAAUAAAGCUUCAAUGGGCCCAGAAAGUAUUUGGACACUUGAAUCACAAUUUAAAAUUACACCAAGUGACACCAACAAGCAAAUUAUCAUUUUUUUUUUUACUAACUUAGUGAACUAACUUCACUUUUCUUGCAUUUCCAUUUUCAUCCUCUUUCAUUUUUUCCCCAAUUACUUUUAAUCCCCUUGGUUCUCAGCGGAUGAAGUCACUUCUCCAGUGUAGCUCAUUACAUAAACUGCAGUAUGAACAUUGAACAUUUCAACAGUUCUAAAACACACAAAUAAAUACAACUACAACAUGAGAUUCACACACAACAUGUGUCCUAAAUGUCCAAAUACUUUUUGGGGAUGCGGUAUGUGAUAUUUGAGUUACUGUACAUGUACAGAUGUAUGCAAACACACAUAAGAUCUAUGGGUUCAAUAUAAUAUAGCACACAGUUCCUAAAAGCAUGUGCAUCCUCAGUGCUCAUCUGCAACUGAUGGUGUUCAAAUGACAAAGGAAUCCCACCGAUAACCUGCACGUGCUGAGAUAUAGUAGGAUAGACUCCUUACCUGGUCUAAUAUGUUUUACGCUGCUCUUAGAGAUGUGUUUAAUGUAGUCGCAGAUGGUAUGCCCUAAUGUAAGCUACAUAAAAUCUGUUCCUCGUAUAAAGACCCUUUAGGAUGACAGCUGUUGCAGGCUGUAUAAUCAUAAACGUACCAAAUGGAACAGAGGAACUGAUCUGAACAGGUUUGAUUUCCUCUAUAAAGUCCAAUAGAGUGGUUUAGUCAGUCUUGAUCUCCACAGGUCACAUUUUAUACCACCAAAUAACCAUCACUCAUUGUAUAUUUUGUUGUAAAUCCCUGUCCAGAUACCUUUGUAUUGUUUUAAACGAAUCGAAUUUGCUUUGGAUGACUCUACUGGAGAGUUUAAACUUCUUUCUCAGGUUUUUGGUGCUGAGGUUCUUUUAAGUGUGUAUGAUUUUGUAUUCUUGAGUCUCGGUGAAGUAAAUUUGACAGAAGCCAAAACUGUUAUCACAAACGAUAUAAUAAAAUGAUAUUUAAUAACUUCUGAGGACAAAGAAGUCCCAGUAGCAGACAUAUUUCCUUGCGUGUCUGUGGGUGAUAACCAUCAAUUUAUCCGUGAUCUUUAGCACUAAUUUCCACACUAAUAUAAUGUCCUAUAAAUGUCAAAUUGUGCAUUUCUGAGCAGAUGGAAGAAUAUGGUAAUCUCAGAUUUCAUCUGUUUCAUAUCCCAUAUCUUUCCUUUCAUAAGUCUGGUGAUAUAGCUGCUGUACUUUCAUACUCGUUACUCUAUGAAAGCUGACCUGUCAACAAACUCAUAAGAUACUUGUGGAAAGUGGAAAAGUCCACUUAUCAGCAGCCGGCAGUGUACAGGAGCUUACAGUUCACCCAAAAAUAAAAAUUAGCUGAAAAUGUACUCACCUUCAAACCAUCCAACAUGAGCUUGUUUCUUUAUCGGAACACUUUUAGAGAAAUGUAGCACUACAUCACAUUAACCAAUAGAUUCUAUGCAGUGAGUGGGUGCUGCUGUCAGAAUGAAAAAAUCUGAUAAAAACAUCACAACAAUACACAAGUACUGUAAUAAACAGGACUCCAGUCCAUCAAUUAACAAUUGUGAAAAAAAUAAAUAAAAUUAAGGCGUUUUCAACUUCAAACUGUUGAUAUCAGCUAUUUGGAAUCUCAUUUUUGACGGCACCCAUUGACUGUAAGGGAACCCCACUAUGGUGGCAUCCUAAAUUUCUUCAAAUCUGUUCUAAUGAAGAAACAAAACCCUUCUACAUCUUGGAUGUCCUGAGGGUGAGUACAUUUUCAGCAAAUUUUAAUUUCUAGGUGAAAAUUCCAUUAAAGUACCUCUAAGAAAAUACAGGCUGUCACAUGCACUCAACCGAGACGACUAACAUUACAGCGCUAAAAGAGACCUUGUCUGUGAGCUGUCUGCAUUCAGCUUCAGUAAACAAUGUCAACAGUGCUAGACAAACACGGUGAAGAGGAAUGAUUCACGUCCAAGGUCUGGCACAUCACAGAGAAAUACAUAUAUGUCCAUAGAUUGUAAAUUACCUUUCAGUUGAUUUUGAAGUGAAUUUCCUGCGCUCUGAUUUGAAGGACGCUGCUCUGUUUUUUUUGCCUGACUUUAGCAUGGCAGAGCUCUUUCAGAAGAUUUGCUCUCAUGGAUAUCAGAUCAUGUUAACACGGAGUUGAAAUAUUAAUUAAAUCUCACUUUGAUUAUGACAUUCAUGAGCUCUUAACAUUAAGCAUGACACUGAACAUAAAAACAUGCAGUAAGUUAAAAAUGCUGUAUGAAAAAAAAGAGAAAUAUAUGCAAAUUCAUUUAUCCUGUUUUUUUUAUUUUAUUUUUUUUAUUGUUAAAUAUAAGGAUGGUGUAUUUGCGGAGAUCCACACACCUUUUCCUUGUUAGCACUGUGCCUUGCGUGCAUUUUAAAAGAAAAAAUAAAUAAUGUGGUCGUGCAAUCGUGUAGAUUCAGUAUCAACCCUGGAAACUUCAGCUUGGGAUGCAUUUUUGUAAGUUGUUAUUUUAAUGUUUCGAAAGACAUCAAAACAUCUUUUGAUAAGUAUCAUUAAUCAUUAAUCUCAGUUGUGUUUCGAGUGAAAUUGCCCAAUGAUUUCUAGUGAAGUUUGUAACAGGUUAAAGUACAUAAGUUGUUCUGUAGAUUAUUAGAGUAUCAUUUUGGUAUGUCAGUUAACUUUUUAAAAUACUAAUAUUGUGACAGUGAAGAAGCUAUUGACAGUGAUGUCAUUUUGCCUGCUGGGAUGGACGGUACAAACCACAGACUUUGGCGCUACAACCUUCACAGUGAUCGGCAGUAGUGUACUGUACAUAAAAUGGCAUUGCAAAUCCAUUUAACUUACAAACAGGUAUACUUCAGAAUGUAAUUGUUUUGCUUUAUUAUUUUUUUUUAUUAUUGAUAUAUUUAUCGUCGUCUGAGGGAACAAAAUAGCAAGCAUUUCUGCUGACCUGAUCAUCAUUAUUUGAAAACUGCUGCAACUAUACAUGGUACAUCUAAUCAUAGCAACAGUGUUUCGCCCAAAAAUCUCUUGGCAAAAAAGUAUUUUGCCCUCCCUUGCAAAACUGUAUUGUAUGUUUGUAUUUAUUUUUCUGACUGUCUCUAUCUAGUUACGAUUGUAAAGUGUAUAAUACUUUAACAUUUGCAACACACAGCUCUCUCAAUGUGCAUGUACAGCCGUAGUUGUAUUUUUCUUUUUUUUACUAUUGGAAAAUGAGUACAAGACUGUUGUAUGUGUUCUGUGUAAUAAAGUUAAGAAUAUUUUCUUCUA